CUUAACGUCAUUCUUUCUACCAACAUGGCGCUAGCAAAGAGUGUCUACAACUUGAUCUUCAGGAGGACGUCAACCUUCGCCAUAACCAUUAUGGUUGGAGCUAUCGUCUUUGAGCGAGUGUUUGACCAAGGUGGAGACGCGAUAUUUGAGCAGAUAAAUCGCGGGAAACUGUGGAAACACAUCAAACACAACUACGAAGAGAAAGACGAAGAAUAACUUCGAGAAACAGCGUUCAGUGGGUCUGAGGCCGGCUGCAUUCCCAGUCCCAGAGUUGACCCUGACAACACCAGCACCAUGGACUGUGUCCUCAUCUGCCACAACCAUCGUCAUCUGGCACAAAGCCCAAGUGUGUGGGAAUAUAACGUUUAUGUUAAAGACUUUGAAGGAUUCAAAAGUCCUGGAUUGUUGGUGUCGCCUCCUCUUCCUCCUUCGUCAUACUUUAAUGCAGCCUCCCAUGUCGUCGUCAUGUCUAUUACUUUGUGUGGAAAUGGCUAAUUUUAUGUUAACGUUAAUAAAUCUAACAGUUACCUACACUUA